AUGGACCCCGACAAGAUUAAAUUGACGAAGCACAUCGCUCAGCAUCUUCUGUCUUGGUGCUUCCUAUCCCUUCGAAAUGGUGUAGACGAGCCCGACCUUGAGGUCGAAACGAAUGAAAGGAAUGGGACCGUGAAUUCAAAAAGACUCGACCAAGGGAAUAGUGGCAUCGACAGCAUAAUGCAACGCCUCUCAUUGAACUUUGAGGAAACACGCCCACUCGAUUUGGAUCUGGAACUUGUGGAGGACGCCGAGUCUCCGUUUCCUAGCGACGACCGCAAUGAGUGGGGGGAAUGCCUGCAAGAGAAGCCAUAUGACGCCGAGAAGGAUCGCAUCAUACAACAUUUCGCCGAGAGACGAGCUAGGCCUGCUUUACGUGAGGCCACGCUGAGACAACUUGAGAGCCAAAGCCAUCGUCUCAGAAAAUCAUUCCGAGAAGCAGAGAUCGAUGUGGAAGACCGUCGGGACUCAACUAAGCAUAGGUGGAUUCCCCUCUCAUCAAUCAACGAAAUUCUACAGAACGACACCGGACUCUUAAACUCCCUAGAAGAAGAGAGCAAUAACGUUAAGGAUUUCGUGCUCUUGAAGGCCAAAAGACUUGUCUCGGUUCUGUUUCUGCAAGGCUGCGUGGAUUGGUUGAAGCUCUUUUACAGUGAAGACUUUAGCGAUGAGCAUUUCCCUGUCAAACUUCUCAAGCCAGCGACCUCAGCCAGCAGAUCACCCCUCAUAUGGACCAUUCAGUCCUGUAAUACGAAGAAGACUGUUAGCCUAUGGCAUACUAACGGCAACGAUGACAUCCGCUACCCUUAUGAGCAAAGAGACAAAAUGGAGGACUUUUGCUCCUACUUUCAAUGGCAAUCUUUUGUGCCAGUAUUCAGUCCGCAACAACCAUCCCAUAUCUUGGACCCUUACUGUCAAUUGCCAUACUUGGACGAAAUUGGUGAGGACGAAAUUGGUGAGGACAUGGAGCAAAUCGGUUUCAACAUCGUCAGGCAUUUUGUGAUUCACCGGGCACAUCUAAAUUUCGAAGGAGAUGGUCAAAUUGGCACCGUAGUUGAUGAUCAAGGCAACCCCCACAUUGCUGUGAAAGAAAUCUUAUCCGCAGAGGGGCUUUCGAGGGAGAAAUUUUACGAGCUAGCCGAAACUGAGACAAGCAUCCUGGGGCGUAGUAGAGAGCAAGGUCACCCUCAUCUCCUCAGAACACUUGCCGUUUACACUCAAGGUCAUCGGCAUUACGUUAUGCUUCCUUGGGCGAUGGGCGGCAACCUUUGGGAUCUUUGGGCUAAGCAGCCCACCUUGAGCGUUGCGGCGUCGAACAUCAGCUCACAAGAUUGGCACUUGUACUUUGAGUGGUUCUUCGUGCAACUUCUUGGCGUUUCCAGUGCCCUUGAGAACCUGCACAAUCCCAACGAGGACUCGGAACUAACCUUCCGGCACGGUGACCUAAAGCCAGAUCACAUUCUUUGCUUCAGCGACACAGUUAUCGGCCGGAAUAUGAUUCCGACUGGCGUGCGACUGGUGGUCGCCCAUGCGGGUCACGCAAGUGUCCAUCACAAGUUUACAGAGUUUCGCGGCGAACAAACGGAACCGCAACGGGGCACGAGAACGUACUCGCCUCCUGAGGCCGAGCUGAGACCACAUAACGCUCGGUCGAGACGAUACGACAUCUGGUCUUUGGGAUGCCUUUAUCUUGAGUUCCUCAUCUGGGUCUUGUAUGGCAACAGUACUCUCAAGUCCUUCCGCCAGGAUGUUGGACCCAGCGAGCCAUACUACAGAAAAGACCCAGAGGUUGAGCUCAAGGACUCGGUCAAACGGUGGAUCAAGACUAUCCAGGAGGACCCCCGGUGUACUCCGAUCAAAAAAACCGCCGUAGGACGGUUGAUCAGCCUUAUCGAGAAACGAAUGUUGGUAGCCAAUAUUGAAAGCCGCAAGGUUGCCUUCCAGCCUAACAGCGCAUCGGAGCUGGACAUCAGGGGCAGCUCCCCAAUCAGCACUGACGACCCUACCGAAAUCAUUGUCAGGCCGUCAAUGUUCAAACGGACAGAUUUUGAGAGAGCGAAUUCGAAGGAAGUAUGCGAGGAGAUACAGAGCAUUCUCAACGCUGCGCGGAUGGCAGAGCGCUCGCUUCCUUGGAUCAACCAAGAUGGCAUAGCCGAGGCUGCUCAACGUGGGCCUCCUGGUCCCCAGUGA